CUUUAAAACUCGGCUUCAGCUCAGUACUCCAUCUCUUCUCUACAAUCUGGCUUUUUUUUAUAUACACCCAUUUGCCUUCAAUCUAAGACCCUUAAUUCAGUUUAAGAUUUUGAUAAUUCUUGCCCUCACUAUCUUAUCCCCAUCUCCACCUCUUGCUCUGUUGUUUUUUCCUCUGUUCUAGUGUCGUCGUCAACCACUUCCUCUCUCCAAAUCUGGAAUACCCUUUUUCUGUAAAUUCCCUGUUUGAAUGAAAAAGAGGAGAGAAAAAGAAAUCUAAAAUGGAUAACGACUCCUUUUCUAGCCUACUUUCCCGAGAAAGUGAGACCCUUUCGGAGCAAGAGUUUGUAGAUGAAGACUUAUUUAUCAACUUCAGAAACUUGAGUCCUUCCGAAGAGGAAGAGUAUGUCACAAAUUUAUUGAUUCGAGAGACCGAUUUCAUGUUUAAGAAAGAUGAAGCUUUGGUGUUUGGAGACGAAGUUAAAUGUGCUCGAUUGGAAGCUAUAAACUGGAUUGUCAAAACAGGAGCAGCUUUUGGAUUUCAAAACAAAACAGCAUAUUUAUCCAUGAUAUACUUCGAUAGAUAUCUUUUGAAGAGGCCCAUAAAAAAUAAUGGUCAAAUAUGGUUGAUCAGAUUACUAUCGGUGGCAUCUCUGAGAGUGGCUGCAAAAAUGGAAGAGCACAAAAUCCCAUCGGUAUCAGAAUUUCGAUACGAAAAGGACGAUGUUGAAAACAAACUUAUUGAAAAGAUGGAGCUUUUGCUAUUGAACACAUUGGAAUGGAAAUUGAAUUCAAUCACUCCUUUUGCUUUCCUCCAUUACUUUAUCACAAGGCUUUGCCAAGAAUCACCACCAAAGAAUUUAAUUUCUAGGAUUUCAGCUCUCAUUAUGGCUACACUGAAAGAGAUCAAUGUGGUAGAGCAUCGACCGUCAAUCAUAGCAGCGGGAGCAACAUUGGUGGCAUUGGACCAUAAAUUGACCAAAUCAGAAGUGGAGUUGAAGAUAAAUUCCAUUUCUCAUUAUAAAUCUCUCAAUAUUGAAAACGUGUUUUCUUGCUACAAUCUAAUUGAGGAAUUAAAGAUUGAUGAAAAAUCAUCCCUUUUGUCCUCGCCGAUUGUUUCAUCAGUUACAAAUGAAAGGAAAAGGGCUCGUAGUGAUGAACACUAUGGUGAUAGAGUGAAUGUGGCCUAAAGUACAUGAUUUUCAUCUCUGGCUUUUAAUGAUAUGGUUAUACCGUCUAAAGAGUAAUCUGUGACUCUGUGAGUAGUAUUUCUACAUUUGUUUCUCAAAAUUAACCCAAAAAAAAAAAGCAAAGCAUAUGGGCUACUUAUAAAAGCUGAUUACAGUUAGCAAAGGAAAAGUGGUGAAGAGGAGAUUCAUUUUAUUUUUCUUUUUAAAAAAUUACUAAGUUUGUGUUACAGUCAUUUACUUCAUACUUUUUUACUUGUUUGGUUCGUUAUUUAAUUCUUCUAUUAUUCUCUAUAUAUUUUGCUAUGGUUUUGUAAAAGAAAAACAGUUGGCAACCCUACCUUUUGAUGCGAUUGCUUUUUUGGUGUCUUCGCAAAGGCUGAGAGCAAUGUGGGACGUCUUUUUUUAUAUAUAUAUAUAUUAUUUAUUUAUUGUACCUGUGUCGGGUGUUGGCCAUCAAAUCAAUUUAUUUUUUCUUAAAAAAAAUGAAGUGUGUGAGAGAGAGAGAGAAGGGUUUGUCAAGUUAAAUGUGACUUGGCAUUGGUUUGAUUGUUUGGGGGAUAUGCUCGUGCAAAGCAAAGGGAUCCCUUCCUUUUUACCAUUUCAAAAGCACUAGCUCUGCAGUGUGUUGAGGGGCCAAUUCAGCCCGAAGCAACUAUAAUCUGAGUUUCAAAAAUCAUUUGUACAAUGAUCACGUCUUCAUACAACAUUUUUA